AUGGCAAAAGACACAUUGGUCGCAACUACGCCCACCUUGAAAGCGGAUGAACGAGAAACUUGGUCAACAAAGGUGGAUUUUCUCCUGUCAGUUAUUGGUUUUGCUGUUGAUUUGGCAAACAUAUGGCGAUUCCCGUACUUGUGUUUCAAGAAUGGUGGAGGAGUAUUCCUAAUACCGUACACAUUAAUGGUGCUACUAGCGGGUAUUCCGCUUUUCUAUAUGGAACUCUCAUUAGGUCAAUACUACCGAAAAGGAGCAAUUACCACAUGGGGACGUGUUUGUCCAUUGUUCAAAGGUAUGUUGUUGCUGGUAAUAUCGCUUUAG